AUGGCAUGCUGGAAAAUUUUAGUUACCGUACUUGUUUUCUAUCUUCAAUCCUUUCCUCUACUUGUUCCAGUCGAAGCCAUAAAAACUGCUUCUUUACCUCUCAAAAACACUACUGAAUUCAAAGUGAGAUGUGUUGAGGGUGAGAGAAAAGCCCUAUUAAACUUCAAGCGAAGUCUCAGAGAUCCCUCUGACCGACUGGCUUCUUGGUUUGGCAAAGAAUGCUGCAUUUGGAAAGGUGUUUAUUGUGACUUCCAAACUGGUUAUGUCAUCAGCCUGGAUCUCAAUGAUAGAUCAAACAAUUGCUAUUGGAAGAAAUUGGGACAUUUGAUUCCAGGCAAUUCAACAUGCUUGGGUGGCAAGGUAAGUCCUGCUUUACUCGAAUUGCGAUACCUGAAGUAUUUAGACCUUGGCGGUAAUGACUUCCAAGGACUUGCCACUCCCAAUUUCUUUGGUUCUCUUGAAAAAUUACAGUAUCUUAACCUCAGUCACUCAUCGCUUAUUGGUCUUCCUCCUUCACUUGGAAAUCUGUCAAAUUUGCAGUAUUUAAGCCUAAAUGCAUAUUCCUAUCCUUACCACACUGUGGAAAGAGGUUGGGCUAAAGAUUUGAUUUGGGUUUCCGGUCUGUCUUCUUUGAAGUACAUUAAUCUUUCUUAUGUGAACCUUUCUUUGGUGAAGCAUUGGUUUGAAGCUUUUAAUAAGCUGCCAUCCUUAGUGACUCUGCGUUUGGAAAACAGUAGUCUUCACUAUCUCCCUUACUCCUUCCUAUACCGGAAUAUGACUUCUCUUUCUUAUCUCUCCCUUUCACGGAAUAACUUUGGUAAUUCUGUGUUGCCUAAAGGGUUGACUAAUGCCACCACCAUUAAGGUACUUUAUAUGGAGUCUAGCAACAUUGAAGGUCCAAUAGCAGAUGUUGAAUGGGGUAAACUCUGUAAUCUGCGGGAGUUGUAUCUAAGGCGGAAUAAAAUUAAUGGAGACAUAAGUCGAGCGGUGGAAGGUUUGUCCAGCUGCAGCAACAAUACCAUAGAGGUAUUAUGUCUUGGCGAAAACGCAUUGACAGGAAAAUUGCCAAAUUCACUAGGACAUUUGAAGAAAUUAAAGAUGCUUGAAAUUUCUUUUAACAUGAUAUCAGGCAUGAUUCCAGCAUCUAUUGAGCAGUUGUCAGGGUUGCAGAUUUUGGGCUUGGGAGAGAAUCAAUUGAAGGGAGCAUUACCUGAGAGUAUUUUCAAUUUUUCUGAAUUAACUAAAUUGCGGCUGUCAACAAAUUCUUUGGAAGGCAAACUUUCACAAAAUCACUUUGCAAGACUCCAUCAACUGAAAAUAUUAUGCCUAUCUUGUGGAAGAAGUUUUGCGGUCAACUUGACCGAUGAAUGGGUUCCUCCAUUUAGCCUCUCAGCUAUCGAGCUUAGAAGUUGCAGUUUGGGUCCCAAGUUCCCCACAUGGCUGGAAACUCAAAAGCAACUUGAGGUUGUUAUUCUCACCAAUGGCUCCAUUUCAGAUCCUAUACCUCCUUGGCUUUGGACACUUUACUAUUAUGGUGUUGUGGUGGACUUGAGUUCCAAUCGCUUCCAUGGUUUGUUACCUCUUUGGCCAAAUGUGACACAUUUGAAUCUUGCAAAGAACUUGUUUUCAGGAUCUAUACCCUUAAACAUCGGUCAUGUGAUGACAAAACUUCAAGUGUUAGAUCUUUCUGGAAAUGCUUUUAUAGGAUCUAUACCUUAUUCAAUAACAAGAGUGAAGAAGCUAUUGAGAUUGGACCUUUCAGAAAAUCAUUUGUCUGGAAAGAUUCCUGAUUGGUGGUAUGAAUCGCAACAACUUCAAGUCAUAGAUUUGUCAGGGAAUAAUCUUUCAGGUAGUAUUCCUCCUUCAGUUUGUUCACCACUUUCACUUUUUUGGUUGAGAUUGAGCCAAAAUAACCUUUCCGGAGAACUUUCAAAAUCAUUGAGGAAUUGCAAUAGCUUAGUUACACUUGAUAUUGGAGAGAACAAAAUCAGUGGCCCCAUACCCGAGUGGUUAGGAGAAAGUCUCUUAUCUAUGAAAAAGCUUAGAAUGACGCGUAACAUGAUUGAUGGACGCAUUCCAGCACAACUAUGCCAACUUUCUAGCCUCCAAAUUCUUGAUCUUUCACAUGACAACUUGACAGGUUCUAUACCUUCCUGCCUGGGAAGUUUGAGAGCUCUUAAAUCAGUGAAAUUUUACAUGUGGGAUCCUAACUACCGCUAUUACAGCUAUGUUUUUACACCCAAGAUGGACUUGGUCAAGAAAGGAACAAAGAUGACAUACACCUAUACUUUAGAUCAAGUGAAUCUUAUUGAUCUUUCCUGCAACAAUCUUCACGGUGAAAUCCCGAAUGAAAUUACAAAUCUCUCAGCCUUAGGCACUCUAAAUUUAUCGUGGAACCAAUCAUCAGGAAAAAUUCCGAAGGACAUAGGGAGCAUGCAGCUAUUGGAGACACUAGACCUUUCCUCUAACCAUCUCUCAGGUUCUACACCAUUGAGCAUGACUUCCAUCACCUCAUUGAGCCAUCUUAACUUGUCAUAUAACAACCUUGGUGGCCCUAUCCCAUCAACAAACCAAUUUGGAACCUUUACUGAUCCUUCAUGUUUUGAAGGUAAUCCAGAACUUUGUGGGAAACCAUUGAUUACGGAUUGCUCUCUACCCAGGAAAAAGGAAAUGGAAACGAAAAUUGAAGAUGAUGAGCAUGAAAUAAGGCUAUGUUUUUUCGUGGGUGCAGGAGUGGGAUUUGUUGUCAUGUUUUUGGCGACAUUUAGUAGCUUGAUGGUAAAAAAGUCGUGGGCAUAUUGCUGCUUCUAUUUCAUGGAGGAAGUUGGAGAAAGAAUUGUCAGAGCAUAG